UACAGGAAGAAAAUCCGCAUACAUCUACCACAGAAAGUGAAGCAUAUACAUCACCAUAAGAAGAUUUACAUAACGAACCACCCUGCGACCGCCCAGUAUGCGCCGGCGUACAUGCCCAGCGCUGAGGGGUCGGUAUCGGUACCGAACGUCAUGCCGUUAGUGCCAAUCAACUCCGACAUGUUCGACGAGCAGCGCCUCCCCGGGGUGUCCGCUGCUGCAGCCCAACUGCUGCCCCUCUACCACGCCCGAGGCUACUACGGACCCACUAACACUGAAAUAGAGGAGGAGGAAUUCGAAGUCCCCGACGACGAGUACAUCCCAUCCGCCUUCCCGUCCACUCCGCUUCCCCCCAGUCGCCCCAAGAGGGUUAAGAUCAUCAAAAUUAACGAGCCUCGCAAGAAAAUAGUGAAGAAAGGCAAACCCAAGCGUGGCCCCGUCCGUAAACCCGUCCCUGCAGUCAUAGAAGGUGAACACCCCGUGUCCACGUUCCACGAGCAAUUCUAUUCUGACAUCGACGGUUCCGGCACCAUAAGGAAAAUCAGGAAACCACCGCGCGUCGAAAAGAUCAUCGACGGGGACACCGAACACAUUCACACUUACAGUGAGGAACACAUCCAUAAGAUGCAAUACGAUGAUGGCAACAAAAUUGCAAGCGUCAUCGGUGUUGACCCUCUCACUGGAAUGUCAGCGAUUGGCGGGGCCCAACAGAUUAUACCUCUGAAAAAUGGGCACACGUUGGUGGCGGUGCCUGCUAAUAGUUUUGGAAGCUUGGCACCCAUCGGGCUGGGUGGACCGCAAUUCGAGUAUGCAGCCUACAAUCCUCGAGAGGUAACCCACGAUCAUAUAUUCCAUGAUCAUGGUGAAAUACCAGCAGACGUUGAAAUAAAUAAAGAAUCUCUCGGUUUACCACCCAAAGUUUCCUAUAACACUCAAGGACUACGCAUAAGCGGAGGCGUGGCUCGACCUAAACCUAAGAGUCCUCUCAAACCUAAAAAACCUGCAAAACCUGUGAUACCCACUGACUUCUCAUAUUACGAAGGUAUCUACGCACCAGUCACUAAGCCAAAGAAAUCGAGGAAUAAACUUAACGUAAACGGCUAUGACCCAGCAGAUGAUAUAGACCUAAGUAAUUUUAGACCAGUGCCAGAUUUAGGAUAUAGAGAUAAGAGAACUAAGUCUCGCAACCCUUUAGGAGUAUACUUCGGUAAAACAGGAAAUGACUUUCGGAGCCAACAGUCAAAUAACCCAGCACCAUUUUCAGUUUCAUCCACAGUAGUUCAUGACUACAAACCAAAUAGUUACACGGGUGCCGGAGCUACUAGCGCUAGCUUAGGUAAACACAAGGACUCCUUCGGAAAUUACAAGAAUUCGUACACAAACAAUUUCGAUUACGAUUCCUAUUCCCCUGGAUCAAACUUGUACACUUCCGAGGAUAAAAAUGAUGUCGGAUUUGAAACACAACAGAAAAGAGGAAAGAAGAAGUCGAUAUCUACACAGAACAUAAGUUUCGGCAACCAAGACCACAUAUCCAUAGUCGAUCAUCUAAACAAUGUUCGUGAUGAAACUAACCCGGAACCAACUGCAUUAGAUAAUAUUGAUCAGUUUGAUGAUCAAUCGGAGACGAACAUUGAUAUACUGAACCCAUCGUCACCGGCUCAUCAAUAUUAUUCUGCGAUGGCUGCCAAAGCAUUUCAAGAUCCACUAGCCAUUCCCGAAGCUUCGAACGAUAACUUUGAAUACGUGGAAGCACCGAUAUCAUCGACAACUCCGUUCACUCCGUCAGUCGCUACCACCGAAACUACGCCCGAAUCCACCUACGUCAUCGAGAUAAAACCCAGACCCAAAGACACACAUAAGACUAACAUGGAACUUGAGAAUCAAAAUAUGGAAAGACAUAAAGACACACAGGCUGUUUCUAAUGAGUUUAGGUACUCAGCCGGUCACAGCCCCGAAAGAUUGCGUUCCCACGAUCAAGACACGAGCACAGUGCGCGGAAAACUAAAAUAUGGAGAUAAAAUCUAGCAUAUUGUUAGUUUUAGUGAGUAGGUAUGCGUGAUCAUAGCUCUAUGUGUUGUGUUGCCAGUGAGAUAACUAUUUAAAUUCUUAACUUAUUUAUCCGUAGUAACCACGUAGGUGUAAAUAGAUUUGAA